AUGGACACGACGGCGGCACAGAUCGCCGUGCCGUCAAUGAAUACCCCGGGCAGUGGAGACUGGGGUCAGGUCACUGACGCCCUGCCCCCCGUCAGCCCGGGCAGUGGAGGCUGGGGUCAGGUCACUGACGCCCUGCCCCCCGUCAGCCCGGGCAGUGGAAGCUGGGGUCAGGUUACUGACACCCUGCCCCCCGUCAGCCCGGGCAGUGGAGGCUGGGGUCAGGUUACUGACACCCUGCCCCCCGUCAGCCCGGGCAGUGGAAGCUGGGGUCAGGUUACUGACACCCUGCCCCCCGCCAGCCCGGGCAGUGGCGGCUGGGGUCAGGUUACUGACACCCUGCCCCCCGUCAGCCUGGGCAGUGGCGGCUGGGGUCAGGUUACUGACACCCUGCCCCCCGUCAGCCUGGGCAGUGGCGGCUGGGGUCAGGUUACUGACACCCUGCCCCCCGUCAGCCUGGGCAGUGGCGGCUGGGGUCAGGUUACUGACACCCUGCCCCCCGUCAGCCCGGGCAGUGGCGGCUGGGGUCAGGUGGCGGCUGGGGUCAGGUUACUGACACCUGCCCCCGUCAGCCUGGGCAGUGGCGGCUGGGGUCAGGUUACUGACACCCUGCCCCCCGUCAGCCCGGGCAGUGGCGGCUGGGGUCAGGUUACUGACACCCUGCCCCCCGUCAGCCUGGGCAGUGGCGGCUGGGGUCAGGUUACUGACACCCUGCCCCCCGUCAGCCUGGGCAGUGGAAGCUGGGGUCAGGUUACUGACACCCUGCCCCCUGUCAGCCUGGGCAGUGGCUGGGGUCAGGUUGACACCCUGCCCCCCGUCAGCCUGGGCAGUGGCGGCUGGGGUCAGGUUACUGACACCCUGCCCCCCGUCAGCCCGGGCAGUGGAGGCUGGGGUCAGGUCACUGACGCCCUGCCCCCCGUCAGCCCGGGCAGUGGAAGCUGGGGUCAGGUUACUGACACCCUGCCCCCCGUCAGCCUGGGCAGUGGCGGCUGGGGUCAGGUUACUGACACCCUGCCCCCCGUCAGCCCGGGCAGUGGAAGCUGGGGUCAGGUUACUGACACCCUGCCCCCCGUCAGCCUGGGCAGUGGAAGCUGGGGUCAGGUUACUGACACCCUGCCCCCCCCGGGCAGUGGAAGCUGGGGUCAGGUUACUGACACCCUGCCCCCCGUCAGCCCGGGCAGUGGAAGCUGGGGUCAGGUUACUGACACCCUGCCCCCCGUCAGCCUGGGCAGUGGAAGCUGA